CUUUGCAGAAUGAGAGGAGCAGGGAGCGAGCAGGGUGGACACGUGGCUCCGCUGAAGUGAGUUACGCUGCAGUCGCCUUCGGUUCGAUCAGUAUUGAAUGAGCGAGGCACCAUGACACAGCAGUUCAGCGCUCCACCGUUCCUCGAGCCCGUCUUCCUGAAGGCGCCUGUGGGAGGGGUCGCCCCCCCGCGACACAGACGGCACACGCUCCCCGCCAGCGAGUUCAGGAACCUCACGCCGCAGGACGCCAUCAGUGUGUUUGAGAUCGAGAGAGAAGCGUUUGUCUCGGUGUCUGGGGAGUGUCCACUUACCCUGGACGAGGUGCUUAACUUCUUGGGGUGGUGCCCUGAGCUGUCGCUGGGUUGGUUUGAGGAAGGACAACUCGUAGCUUUCAUCAUCGGCUCCGGCUGGGACCAGGAGGACCUCUCGCAGGAGGCCAUGACUCAGCAUUUCCCCCACUCCCCCGCCGUGCACAUGCACGUGCUGUCGGUGCACCGCCACUGCCGCCAGAAAGGCAAGGGCUCCAUGCUCCUGUGGCGCUACCUGCAGCACCUGCGCCGCGUGCCGGGCCUCCGCCGAGCGCUACUGAUUUGCGAGGACUUCCUGGCGCCCUUCUACCUCGGGGCCGGUUUCAGGGAAAAGGGGCCGUCGGCCAUCUCCGUGUCCAACAUGCGAUUCCGGGAGAUGGAGUACUUGCUCGCCGGGCAGGCGCACGCCCGCAGGAACAGCGGCUGUUGGUCCGCGUGGCCGGCUGACAUCAGCGUCGAGGAGGAAGGAUGA